AUGUCGGAGAUAUCCGUUUGUAGAAAGAUCAGAACACAAGAAAAAUACAGAGCAGUUCCAGAUCGUUUAUUCCAAUUUCUCAAUGAAUUAUUUGUUCCAGCCUGUACAUAUGGAAAAAUUAAACCCUCCGUUCUCCAAAUCUAUCUACAACAACAGGAAACAGAAAGUAUUUUGUAUCAUGAAAUAACUUUAGAUAAUAACUCCUCUAACGAAGCAAGUAUAUUAUUUUUUAGCACAAAAGGACAUACUUACAAUAGUUGUUAUUUUGCGUUUGCAGGCGCCAAUUUCUCUGCAGAUAAGGCGGCUCAAGAUUAUCUUAAAAUGAGGAGUCGCAUCUGA